AUGACUUCAGAAAAAGUGAAGGUCCAGCAGGCUCAGGCGGAUACCCCGGCGGCUGCUGGCCCCGUGCCACUCUCUAAAAACCAGCAGAAAAAGCUGCUGAAGGCUGUCAAGUAUCAGGACAAAAAGAAGGAGAAGAGGGAGCGGGAGAAAGCCGAACGUCAGAAGCUGCAGGAGGAGCGCCGUGCGGAGGCCCUCGCUCGAUUGGCGGGGAUGAGUGAAGAAGAGAAGCUGAAGUGGAGGGAGGAGAAGGCGGUUCGCGUGGGGGCUCGAAAGCAGACCACCCAAGAGAAGAAGGCGCGCCUGGAACAGGCCCUGGUGAAGGGGCAGCGGCUGAUUGUGGACCUGUCAUUUGAGGAUAAGAUGACCGACGCUGAGCUCAAGUCGCUGUGCCAGCAGCUCGCCUACUGCUACUCGGCCAACGCCCGGUCCAGCAAACCCAUGCACCUGAUCUUCACGGGGGUGCAGGGACGUAUGAAGGAGUGCAUCAACAAGCAGUGCUCUGGCUUUGACAAUUGGAUUGCUACAAAAUCCGAAGCCACCUACCUUGUUCAUUUCAAGGAGGAGACGGAGCAGCUGGUGUACUUGACGGCCGAUUCUGAAAAUGAGAUCCAAGAGCUGGACCCCUCCAAGAUCUACAUUGUUGGAGGAAUCGUGGAUCGGAACCGGUACAAGAACCUGUGUGCCGGAAAGGCCGAGGAAGAGGCUGCCAAAGAUGGCAUUCACAAACAGCUCAACGCCAUGCUCUGA